CGACGACAGCAAUAACAACAACAACAACAACAAUAAUAUUUUAAUAUCCACGACCGCGCGCGUCGUGUACACGGUACAUAUUAUUAUUUUAAUCAGUCGAGCAUACAACGAGCGGCACGCCCGAAGUGUAUAAUAGUAUACUAUAUUAUUAUUAAAGUGGUUUUCGUUCUCGUCGUGUCCUGUCGGUAUACCCAAUAAUAAUAAUAAUAAUAUAAUAAUAUUUAAUAUUUAUCUCGUUUCGUGCCGACCGUGUUUGCGUCCGAUCAGUUUCACCAGACGUGCGAGUGUGGUAAAUACCGGCGUGAUAAUGAGGUUGAUCAUAAUGGAUAAUGCAGACAAAGUUUCGGAGUGGGCUGCCAAAUAUGUGGCAAAGAGGAUAAAACACUUCAACCCAGGACCAGACAGAUAUUUUGUUUUGGGGUUACCGACGGGUGGCACGCCAUUAGGCAUGUACGAAUAUUUGAUCCAAUAUUACAGGGCUGGAGAUAUUUCGUUCAAGUACGUCAAGACUUUUAACAUGGAUGAAUACGUGGGAAUACCAAGAGAUCAUGUGGAGAGCUAUCAUUAUUAUAUGAUGACGAAUUUUUUCACGCACGUCGACAUAGAUCCAAAUAACGCACACAUCCUGGAUGGCAACGCUGUAGACUUGCAGGCGGAGUGCAAGCGUUACGAACGGAUGAUAGAAGAGGCUGGUGGGGUUCAUCUAUUCAUUGGAGGCAUCGGUCCGGACGGUCAUAUAGCAUUCAACGAGCCAGGCUCGUCAUUGGCAUCUAAGACCCGAGUGAAGACUUUGGCCCGAGAGACAUUGGAGGCAAAUGCAAGGUUUUUCGACAACGACAUUGAUAAAGUCCCCAAACAGGCACUGACGGUUGGCGUAGGAACGGUUAUGAGUGCCGAAACGGUUAUGAUACUAAUUACGGGAUCACACAAGGCCUUUGCUCUGCAUAAAGCCAUUGAAGAAGGCGUCAAUCACAUGUGGACCGUCUCGGCGUUCCAACAACAUCCGAAAACAAUCAUACUAUGCGACGAGGACGCUACAUUGGAAUUGAAAGUAAAGACUGUGAAAUAUUUUAAGGCUUUAGGUGCAGUUCAUGAAAAGCUCAUUGAUGACAACUCAGAUUCGUGAUAAAUCACAGAUGAAUAAAUGAUUUUUUUUAAAAUGCAUACAAAAUAUUAUAUCAAUAAUUAGUUUAUCUAUAUAAUUGUAUAUACUAAAUAAUAAAUUAUAAGAAUUUGGUUUAAAUAUUCAUAUUUUUUAUAUCGAAUACAACUUUUUCUUUUUAAUAAUAAAAUUUAUAAAAUUAUACAAGCAAAACAUGCAAAUUAAAUACUAUGUUAUCUAUGAAUUUCAGAAAUGAUAAGAAUCUUAUAUCUUAAGAGGACACUGUAACACGACAUUUAUCACCUUCAUUUUUCUUAUUUAUUGUAGUAUAAAUACUUUGUUAUGUAUUAAAACAUUUUAAGCUAUAAUUUAUUAAAAACUUAUAUGGAUACAUUUUUUAUUGUACGAGAAGUAUUUUUGAUGAUAUUAUAAUUUUAAAGUAUGUUAGUGGGGAGGGAGAGGUAACUAUACUUCAUUAUUUAUUUUUUAUUUAUAUUGAAACCUGUGAUAUAAUAAUAGAUAAAUGCCAUAUUAUUGGAUUUUA